GUCAGUCUAUUGCGUAUAUUUCACUUAUUCUCGAGUGGACUGUCAUAACAAUGCGAUUUAAAGUCGUUUGCGUUGCGAUUUGCAUUUUCGUCGUGGACGGUUAUAAAGCUGAGACCGAGGGGAAACGAUAUCUUAUGGAAUCAACAGAAGAAAUGACUGCAGAAAUCCUUUCGUUGAAAUCAUCCGUGGCAGAUUUGACAUCGAAAGUACAAGCACUUUCAAACCAGGGCUCCGCUUACACACGAUGGGGACGCAAUGUCUGUCCAGGUACAAGCGAUCUGGUGUACAAAGGAUACACUGCUGGCAAGCAUUACACUGAGGAAGGAAGUGGCAGUGACGAACAAUGCUUGCCAAGUGAUCCAACUUGGAGUAGGUACGUCGAUGGCAAUUACAAUGACUACAGGGCUCGAAUAUAUGGGGCGGAAAUUGAUCUUCCGCACGCUACGGACUAUUUCCCCUACGACGUGCAUCAACAAGACGUUCCAUGUGCUGUAUGCCACAUACAACGACCAGUUAACAUCAUGAUCCCAGGACGGACAAACUGUUAUCCCGGAUGGACACUGGAAUAUACAGGAUAUCUCAUGGCCGGUGCAUAUCACAGUCAGGGAUCGUAUGGCCAUAUCUGUAUGGACGGACAUCCUGAAUUCAUACCGCAUGGCGGGACAAAUGAUAACCAAAACAUCCUCUUCUUGACGGAGGCACAAUGUGGAUCACUUCCGUGCCCGCCAUACGUACAAGGCCGCGAGUUGGCGUGUGUCGUCUGCUCAAAAUAAAUUCUUCAACUUCAAGUACAGGACGGCGGCGGUUUAAUACUAGAAUGUUCCAUGCAAAAGAAUAAUACAAAAUCUUAUAAAGUAGUUCUGUUUCCAAUACUGCAAAGUCAACUGCGCGCGCAACUUAGUCAAAUUUCGAAAUAUUUGAAAUCGUAAUAAAAAUGUAUACAUUAUUUAAAUUAAAA